GGGGACGGGGGGGACGGGGGAUAUAAGGGGCAGUGCCGGGGUGGCAGCGGUGGCACCGAGGAGCCAGGGAGCUGUCCCCCGUGUCCCCCGUGUCCCCCGUGUGAGCGUGUCCCCGUGCCACCGCUUGUGGAAGCAGCCAUGCCUCCCCGCUGGGCCUCGCUGCUGCUCCUGGGCUGCUGCCUGGUGCUGCUGGCCGGGCACCCGGCCUCCGCUGGCCCCUCGCAGCCCACCUACCCCGGGGACGACGCCCCCGUCGAGGACCUGGUGCGCUUCUACAACGACCUGCAGCAGUACCUCAACGUGGUCACGCGGCACCGGUAUGGCAGGCGGUCGAGCAGCCGGGGGCUGUGCGAGGAUCCCAUGGGUGCCGCCGGGUGCUGAGAAGGGGCGACCACGGCCCCGAGUGGGCGAAGAGGAGCCCUGGGGGGGGGGGGGGG